AUGGAAGAACUUUGUUACAGCUUCGAGCAGGAAGGCUCCACUCCCGAAUUCCUCUUCUGGGAGCAGGCGGAUCCCAGCGCCCAGCUGGAUGACUUCCUAGCCGAGUGGUGCCGGCCGCCGGAGCCGCCCUGGCCGCGGGCGCCCGCGGCGGCCGGUGCUGAAGUGGACAGCUCCCCCGCGCCGCCCGCGCCCGCCGCCCCGCCGCCCCCCGCGCCCCCCCGGCCCCGCCACGCCGCCAACCUCCGCGAGAGGAGGAGGAUGCUCAGCAUCAACUCGGCCUUCGACCAGCUCAGGUGCCACGUCCCCACCUUCCCGUACGAGAAACGCCUCUCCAAGAUCGACACGCUCCGGCUGGCCAUCGCCUACAUCGCGCUCCUGGGCGAGAUCCUCCUCUCCGGGUGCGAUCCCAAAUCCUACGUGGAGCAGUGCCUGAGGAACGGAUUGCAGAGCCAACAGCGGGCAACCUGGAAUACAAGCGAUCUGACAGCCCGCCUGUCUUGGGUAAAGUGGGAUUAA